AUGGUGAUAUACAUACCCAAAGGAGACGACCAUCAAGUCCCUGAAGGAGUUAUAAGCUGGAAUGAAGUCGUGAGAACUCGCUACAAUCCGAAGACAGUGCCAAAAGCUGAUAUUGAUUUGGAUAAAGAUAUGAUUAUCCUACCUUACUCCAGUGGCACCACAGGCUCUCCAAAAGGUGUUAUGCUCUCCCAUCGGAAUUUUGGCACCAUGAUGAACAUUUACUUGAAACACGAGGCUACUAACAUUGUACCUCUUAUCGCUGAUGACUGGGAUUACCAACGAGAAAAGUUAAUGCUGUUCCUCCCAUUUUACCAUGCUUUCGGUUUCGGUACGUCUGACUUUCCUGGUGAAAGAAUUCGAUCAUAG